AUGGCAAGCUUGAAACUCACAUGUCUGGUUGCACUUGCACUGCUGUGCAUGGUGGUUAUUACUGCACCAAUGGCAGUAACUUCAACCUCAUGCAUUAAGGUAAGUUCUUACCUUACUCCAUGCCUCUCUUAUCUUAAGGGUGGUAGCGGUCCCUCGAAACUCUGCUGUUAUGGAGCAAAGAAGCUUAACGGGACGGCCGGCACUACCGCCGACCGUCAGGCUACUUGCAAAUGCUUGAAAAGUGCUGCUGGUUUCGUUUCUGGGUUGAAUGACACCAACGCCGGAACUCUCUCUGCUAAAUGUGGUCUUGACCUUCCCUACAAGUUUGGCCCGGAUACCGAUUGUUCCGGCAUCACGAUCUAA